AUGACUCAGACAAGCCCUACGGACAAGACCCAAGGGGUCAUAGAUGUUGAAGCAUUGAAGAAAGAAAUUCGUGAGCAAAUUUUAUCCGAACUGAAGGAACAAAAACAAGAACAAAAGCCAGAGAGACCAAAGAGAAAACUUAGUGAAAAACAACUUGCUGCAUUAGCUGCUGGAAGACAAAAGAACCCAAGACUACUGGCGAAAAAAGCUAGAGAAGAAGCUAAAGAAGCUGAAGCAAAGAAAGAGUAA